AUGGGUAUUCAGUAUUCAAUUCCCAAUGGGGAUCCCCUGAGGAUUGUAAUGAUCGGGAAGACAGGAGUGGGAAAGAGCGCCGUCGGUAACACUAUCGUGGUUAAAUAAGUGUUCAACUCAUCGACAGGUGCACACUCGGUGACAGAGUAUUGCGAGAUGAAAGAAGUCAAAUGCCAGAGGGAGAUAAUUGUUGUGGACACUCCCGGAAUUCUGGACACUCAUAAAGAUGCUGAAAUUAUCACGAAAGAAAUUGCCAAGUGCAUUCAGGUGACCUCUCCUGGCCCUCAUGCCUUCCUUCUGGUUUUACAGAUUGGCAGAUUUACAGAAGAAGAAGAAAAAUGCGUGGAUGCACUGGAGAAAAUAUUCAGGCCGGAGGCAUUCCACUACAUGAUUAUGCUUUUCACACAUGGCGAUGAGCUUAGAGGAAAAUCCAUUCAGCACUAUGUGACAAAUUGCAAUCUAAAACUUCAAGAGGUGAUCAAGAGAUGUGGGAGCCACUACCAUGUUUUCAACAAUAAAAAAAAGUUUGACAGAUCUCAGGUUGUGUCGCUAAUUAAGAUGAUUGAUAACAUGGUGGCGGCAAAUGGGGGCAAACACUUUACCGAGGCCAUGUUUGAGGAGGCGGAAGAGACUAUCCAGAGCCUGAAACUCAACUGGGAGCUGACAGAAGAGCUGCCGUACGACUUCGCUUUCAUGGGUGAACUCUUGCAGAGAAUUAUUGAAUUUCAGCGGAUGCUCACCCUGCAGCGGAAAGGAACGCCAGACGGUCCUUCAUGA